AUGGCAGCUCAAAACAGACAGACUACCUUGAUGGAGCAGGCCAGACAACUGGCUACCUUUGAUGUGGAUAAAAUGACCGUUGCCAUUUACGAUAGUGAAGAAGAAGUCAGAUCCAGAAGAGCAGCCUUUGCGCGCGUGGAACAUCGUCUCGAUUUGCUAGACACCAUGAAACUUCCGCGCGUCUAUGAAGGCCUUGAUCGCGAGGGCCUGUAUCUUGAGGGGCUCCGACGUGCUAAAGCGGUUGCCGAUGAUAUGGUUGAUCACAACCAUCGGCAUUUCCUCUGGCUUACGGAACGCUAUCAGAUGGCUAACUCUUCGCCUCUGGGCCUCAACUUUCUCAUGUUUCGCAAAGCCAUCGAGCUGCAGGGCACAUCUGAACAGCAAAAAUACUGGUUACCACUUAUCGAUGCAGCAAAAGUCAACGGGGCAUAUGCGCAGACGGAAAUAGGCCACGGUACCUUUGUGCGAGGCAUAGAGACCACAGCUACAUUCGACCAUGAGACUGACGAGUUCAUCUUACAUUCACCUACUAUUACCUCCGCAAAGUACUGGCCAGGGGGACUGGGUCUGAGCUGCUCCCAUGCCAUCGUCGUGGCAAGACUGGUGAUGGGACAGCCAGCUAUCGACCAUGGAAUCCAUAUGUUUGUGGUGCAAAUUCGAUCGCUGGAAGAUUACGCACCACUCCAUGGAGUUGAAUUGGGUGACCAGGGAAUGAAAAUGUCUUAUAACGGGACAUGCAACGGGUACGCAAGAUUCGACAACGUACGAAUUCCACGAAGCAGCCUGCUGAGUGCGCACGCUCAGGUGACCCGGGAGGGGACGUUUACUCAGGCACAAAUCCAUACCACAGGGCUUUUGAAGAAAACAUAUUCUACUAUGUUAUAUCAUCGAGGUGUGGUUCUGAGAUGCGUCAGUUUCGCUCUUGCACAGUCCGUCACAAUCGCCGCUCGCUAUUCCGUUGUACGUGAGCAAGGCCACGGCAUUCUUGCUGAUGAGGGCCCAGAAGAAAAGGCAAUCUUGGAGUACAAGUCUCAACAUUAUCGUCUUCUCACCCUGAUCUCCCAGGCGUACGCCCUCCUUUUUACGUCAAAAAAAUUCGACCAAAUUUACCUCUCUCUGCACCAGGACGAACGCAUCGUGCAUGAUACCUCCACACGAUUGCCCUUUACUCAUGCAUUAGUCAGUGGUCUUAAGGCAUGGACCUCUGCUGUGGCCUGUGCUGGAGUUGAGGAAGCACGGCAGAUGUGUGGAGGCCAUGGCUAUGUUGCUCUUUCCGGUCUGCCAGAAAUACUCUGCGCAGUAUCCGCUUCGCUCACAUUUGAAGGCGAGAACUAUGUGUUAUGGCAGCAGCUAGGAAAAUAUCUUUUCAAGCAGCUUCAGGCAUUUGACACAGGCGGAAUAGUAGAUCCAGAGAUGAAAGAUUUUCUGAAUGGCAUUGAAGAGUAUCUUUCUGGUGAAGUGAUCGAUGUGAGCUUUAGAGAAGCUGAAGGGGAUCAACUGAAAGAUUCAUCGACCCUCCUGUCUAUUUUUCUACAUCGAUCAAAACGGGUCCUCGCUACUGCAUAUCGCCAAUUCGAAAGGAACAAGCAAGUGUCACAGCCAGCCGAUGCUUGGAACAAAGGUAUGAUGGCGAUAUUGUCGGCUGGGCGUGCUUUUGUAGAGUAUCUUGUGCUACGCUAUUACAAUGAGUACACCUACAUGAUUUCAACAGCUGAACCCAGUCUUUCACGUGUUCUCUCUGGGCUUUUCUCUCUAUUUGCGCUCACAACUAUCAUGAAUUCAUCGUCACACUUCAAUGCGGCUUCCUUCACUGAGGAUGGGACAUUAUCUUUGCCCCAAUUGGACGGAAUGCGCGUGCACAUUGAUGACAUGUUGGCGGCUCUUUUGCCAGAUGUGAUAUCUUUGACAGAUGCCUGGGACUUUACCGAUGCUAGCCUUUGCAGUGUCUUGGCUUGCAAAGAUGGUAAUAUAUAUGAGCGAUUGAUGAGCUGGACAAGGCAGAUACCCAUCAAUGCUACUGCUGAAGGAAGGGAUGCCGUCUUAAGCAAAAUUUGGAAAAGUCCAGGGGGAAUGAAAGCAUUCCUGAAAGGAGAGUCAAAGUUACGGGCUAAGAUAUGA